GGGAAGGGAAAGGGCGGUGGAAGGGGCGGUGGAAAGGGAAGGGGCGGUGGAAAGGGCGGUGGAAGGGAAGGCCCUGCCGGAUCCGGCGGAAGAGGCGCCGCUCACUUCCCUGCCGUGCCCCGGAGGAGCCCGCGGUGCUCGGCGGCCCCGCCAUGGAGGAGAGCAGCGGCAUCCGCCUCUCGGCCGAGUGCCUGGACGAGCCGCCCAACAGCCGCGUCUUCGUGGUGCUGGGCAAGGACACCGGCGAGGCGCUGAUCCGGGAGCGCUUCUCGCCCUUCGGGGACAUCCAGAACAUCUGGCUCCUGCGGGACAGGCGCACCAACGAGUCCCGCGGCAUCGCCUUCAUCAAGUUCGCCCGCAGCUCGCAGGCCUGCCGGGCCAUGGAGGAGAUGCACGGCCGCAGCCUGCUCCCCGACGGCAAGCCCAUCAAGGUAUUUAUUGCCCAGUCCAGAGCUUCUGGAAGCCACCGAGAUCUUGAAGAUGAGGAGCUUACACGAAUCUUUGUUAUGAUACCAAAAACCUACACGGAGGAGGAUCUGCGAGAGAAGUUCAAGAUGUAUGGAGACAUUGAAUAUUGCAGCAUUAUUAAGAACAAGACUACUGGAGAAAGUAAAGGUUUGGGCUACGUCAGAUACCUGAAGCCAUCGCAGGCUGCCCGAGCAAUUGAAGAGUGUGAUCGAAGCUACAGGGCCAUUUUGGCUGAACCUAAAAAUAAGUCAUCUGAGUCUUUUGAACACGAUUAUUACAGCAAUACCAUGAGGCCAGAACUAAGAGGAAAUACGCUUCCAUUUUGCAUGCAGCCGGAGUUCUGUGCCUUUGAGAAGGCUGAGGCCCGCGUUCAGGAGCCGGUCUCCAAGCGCCUGUCGGUGGUGUCGCGGCUCCCCGUCACUCAGGAGCAGCUCUUCGCCCUCUUCGAUUUAGUGCCGGGGCUGGAAUACUGUGAUGUGCAGAGAGACCCUCACACCAACAGCGGGUACGCUGUGAUUCAGUACAGCACUGCUGCCUCAGCCAUAUAUGCCAAGUACAAACUGCACGGGUUUGAGUAUCCUCCUGGAAAUCGACUGACUGUCAUCUUCCUGGAAGAUGGGAAUGAUAGCUCAGAGCUGAUCAGGAAAAUGGCCACACAGCUGGUGACAGCCCAGGUGUCGUCGGCGCUGCGCAGCGGCAGCGCGCUGGUUCAGCAGUACAGGACGCCUCCUCAAGCAUUUGGAGGAACUUCUGGCCCACAGUUGCUGCAGCCCCAAACAGAUGCCAUACUUCCACCACCCAAAAAAAAAGUUCCACCUGACACUUCUGUGAAGGAAAGGCUUUUCAUACUUUUUCAUCCCCAUCCUUUACCUGUAAAUGUACUGGAGGAUGUGUUCUGUCGUUUUGGACAAUUGAUAAGUGUUUAUCUUGUGGCUGGAAAAAAUGUGGGCUAUGCCAAAUUUGCAGACAGAGCGAGUGCCAGCGAGGCCAUAACUGCAUUGCACGGCAAGAUAGUGAAUGGCGUGAGGCUGAAGGUGAGGCUGGCAGACUCGCCCUCCGACGAGCCCAACAAGCGCCAGAGGACCUACUGAGCAGAAACUAAGUAAUGACAUGAUCCUCAGCUAGCUGACUGACUGACUGAAAACGUGACUAGACAUGGUUCCUGUGGACAGUGACAGCUUUUUUCAAUGACACCUUUUUUUUUUUGUUAAUUGUUACUUAGUUGAUCUCUCUAUCAUCCUUUUUCUUUCUUAAUAUGCAGACAUGCAGUUUUGAAAGUUAUAAUGUAGACAUUAAAAACUGUAAACUGGUGGUUGUUCUUGUAAUAGUAUAUAACUUGUAUUACAGAAAUAGCUCUUGUUUUUACCUGAAUCCUUCCUAUAAGAUGGAAUUUACAAUGAUGGAGGAAAUAAAGGAGCCAGCAUUUUCUGACUUGA